GAAUGUCGGAUUGCACAUCCUAUUGUAAAAUGUACUUACUGCAGAUCAGAAUUUCAACAAGAGAGCAAAACUAACACAAUUUGUAAGAAGUGUGCUCAAAAUGUGAAGCAGUUUGGGACACCCAAGCCUUGUCAGUACUGUAACAUAAUUGCGGCGUUCAUUGGUACCAAGUGCCAGCGUUGCACAAAUUCAGAGAAGAAGUACGGGCCCCCUCAGACCUGUGAACAGUGCAAACAACAGUGUGCUUUUGAUCGGAAGGAGGAGGGAAGAAGAAAGGUUGAUGGAAAGUUAUUAUGCUGGCUCUGUACUUUAUCAUACAAGAGAGUUUUGCAGAAGACAAAAGAACAGAGGAAGAGCCUUGGAUCUUCACAUUCAAAUUCUUCAUCAUCGUCUCUUACUGAGAAAGACCAGCAUCAUUCCAAACAUCAUCACCACCAUCACCAUCAUCACCAUCGUCACAGCAGUAGCCAUCACAAAAUCAGCAACCUAAGUCCAGAGCAGGAACAGGGACUGUGGAAACAGAGCCAUAAAUCCUCUGCAGCAAUUCAGAAUGAAACUCCAAAGAAAAAGCCCAAAUUGGAAUCUAAGCCAUCUAAUGGAGAUAGUAGCUCUAUAAAUCAGUCAGCAGAUAGUGGGGGAACAGACAAUUUUGUCCUUAUAAGUCAACUGAAAGAAGAAGUGAUGUCACUUAAGCGUCUCUUACAGCAAAGAGACCAGACCAUUUUAGAAAAAGACAAAAAGUUAACUGAACUAAAGGCAGACUUCCAGUACCAGGAAUCAAAUUUAAGAACAAAGAUGAACAGUAUGGAAAAAGCUCACAAAGAAACUGUGGAACAGCUUCAGACGAAGGCCAAGACCGAGGCGCUGGCUCGAGCACGGAGUGGGUCCGCUUCUCCCCGAGCGUUUGCGUUCCGUCUGCACGACGGUGAGCAGAGCGGCUCUCCAGUAAUCCAUUCCUGGUGCUAGGGUUACAGACGCCGCCGCCACCAGCCCGGACAGGACGGAUUGUUUCUUACAAGUGCUAUUUUCUUUAAGUAUGACUGUUCUGAAUUUCCUUGCGUGUUUCUUUCUAACUGUCACCCCGACACACCAGGCACACUGAUAUGGUCUGUCUUCCUUCUACCUCAAGGCCACCUUGCGAUUUCUUCAGCGCAGCGCACUGAGCCAACAAGCCCAAGACAGGUUUCUGAUGUCAUCGCUGCCUGCUGCUAUGGUUACCACGAUGGCCCGGACUCCGACUCAGGAUUACCCAUGUCAGUGAUGCGACCCACUUCCUAGCUGUGAAUACUUGUGCAGCUAUGCAGAGGAAAGAGAGAAAACGGGAAUUUGUCAGUGUUUAGUUUUUCCUUUGGUAAAGACAAAGGGUGUCCCUGUUGUUGCCUGGUUCCCGAGCGGAGAGUCCACUAAGUUAAUCAUGGAGGUAAAACCUGCUGUGGCGUGGAGAACUAACAAACAAGUUGUGGAAUCAGGAGAAUUUGAAAGCGACUCCUUUUUCUUUUCUACUUCCUUCUCUUUCUAAGCGUCAUAAAGCAUCACAGCCUUCAACCCCGGGGUUAUGAGCAUCAGGUAAGAUCACGAUUAUGAAAACACCUUGUACAUCAUAAACUACUGUCCAGGUUUGCUGGUGCUAAAGACCGUGCGGCCCAGGCUUCCUCGGCAGCUGAGCUGAGCGGAGCUCGCCCCGAGACUCGCACGCGACACGGUCUGAGUUCUGCCUCGCCCAGCGCAGCACGCCCUUUAACCCAGCGUCCCUCCAGAUCGCCCGUCUGCCGCAAGUUCAAAUGAGUAGCUUGACUUCCCUGGCCAUCAGGGACUCAUGAGUGCUUUUCUCGAGUCAGCAUAUGCCAAUAAACGAGGGAAUAGCUCCAACUCAAUAAAUCCGACGAGAUUAUCAUGAAUAUGACCGACACAUCCAGAUCUGGGAGAAUCUAUCACGUGCCAGCCGAGUUCGGGAUUGUUCUUCUGAGGCUGUGGGAGCCCAUGACACCUUGCAGAGCAGAACGGAUCUCCCCUGCAGGAAAGGGAUGUUCCUUCACCUGGGGUUAUAAGGGAUGGACCUAAGCCUGGGGAAGGAACCGCACUGCCUCCUUUCCGAAGCUCUGAGCAAGUGGGGCAUGGUCCCCGAAGACCAGGGAAGUCUUGAGCAGCCCAGCGGGUAGCAAUGAGGACAACAGGUCAGGAGAAGCCAAAGGAAAGCACAGCCGCUUUCUCCUGGCAGACGCAGGAAGAGCAGUAACACUCAGAGCGGGGGCAAAAACUUGCAGGGCAGCAGGGAGAGCCUGCGAGGCUCCAGGGCUCCGUGUGAGCUCCACUCAGCCCAAAGAAACGAGACACAAUCCAACAAACACAAGAAAACGUCUCCAGAAAGAUAGGACUUCUUGUAAAUCUGAUUCAAGUGGAAGCUGGAGGCAUGGGUUUUACACCUGACCAAGGAGGUGUCUAUAACUCAAACUGGUCAGACUCCUCAUUCUUGCUGCAGAGUGUUCAGCAGCUUUGACUGGAAGUUCUUAUGCUGUGCUCCCCAAAGCCAGGAGAGUCUGGAGACAGUACAGAUUCAUUUCAAAGACUUUGAAUACUUGAAAAAUGAAUACAGAGUAAAGAGCAAACCUGUUACGGCUUGUGUCUCAACGGCCCCUCAAAGCCUCAUGCAGUUUUGGAUGGGGCUUUUUUGGAGGUGGCUGAAUCUAGAGUGUGACUGAUCCACGGUGCACUGCUAGGAUUAAGGGUGCUGGGAGUAAGGGCGGGUGGUGCUGGAUCGGUCCUCUGAUUGGACUGGCAUCGCCCUGAGCCCGGUAGACUGGAUCCAACAUAAGGGACAGAAAGAGGCUCAUCUCCCCCUUUUCUCUUGCUGCUCUUGCCAUCUUCCACUGCUGUUAACAGUUGCCCUCUUCCGUGUGCCACCCUGCCUUGGAGCCAGCUGAUUGUGGACCGAGGCUGCCAUGAGCUGUUAGCCAAAUUAACCUUUGCCCUCCUUUAACUUCGGGUGUUGGGCAUUUUGUCUCAGCAACAAGAAAAGUAACUAAGAUAAAACCCUGGUACUAAUAAGGAAUUUUAAUACAUUACAGGUUCUAUAAACUAGGAUUAUGUUCUCCAGUCAUAAAUACCAAGUUCUUCAAGCAAAAAUGGAGACUUUUAUUUGAAGGACUCAGGACUUUGUGAUAGACCGAAGCCUGGAAUGCAGCCAGGAGUCAGAGAGGGACUGAAACCGGGUAGUGUAAAGAUUCUCCCUUUGUCCUUCUGUGUGUUCCUUCAUUCUUUUCUACAAGGACUUGCAGGCGUAACUCCAAAUGCUUAGGAGAGGGAAUCCGAUUGACUAACUUGUGGCAAGAUUCAACUCUUGACUCUGUCAUCUGCGUCCUUGGGCACGGGAUCUUGCAGUAUAAACAUGGCUGCCUGGAAAAGGGGAUCCACGUGACCAGGGCUGACGUGUCUCCUGCAGAGACCACAAUUACGUGUGGACUUGCAAUACCUCAUUUAACUUGACUUUGAGCAAACUUUGGAGUAAAAUUUUUUAACUUCUAAAGCAAACUUUGCCAUAUAAUCUUUACAUUUGCAUUUAAAGCAAACACAGUGUUUUUAUUAGAGGUCUGUAGGUCUAUGCCAGUGUUUUGUGAGUUUGUUGGUACAUAUGUCCUCCUGAAAAGCUGUAUUACCAAGUACGUUUGAGAAGCCCAUGAAUGCUGUGCUCAGUUAAACAUUAGGCAAUAGUGAAAUGCUUCCACUGGGACAUAGUAUCCUCCUGGAAGAAUUGUCCAUUUUAAGAAAUAUAUGAAUGGGCAACAUGUUGUGAUGCAAUUAUAUUACAGGUAGUUUUAGCAUUUGUGAGUUUUUGAUGCCACCUUAUUUUUAAUAAGUGGAACAAGCUCAAUUUUAAAGUGUGGUCUUUGAGUACAUUCCAACUUAUAAAUGCAGAUAAAAUGGCAAGAAUAAAAGUAUGCUUUAAAGUUUGAAAUGUACAUACAAACAAAAUAAAUAGAACAGUUGAAAUAUAACUACAGCAAAACAGUUCUGAGAUUUAAGUCAGUUGGGUUUCACAUGUAGCUUCUGCCUUAUUAGUUGUAAAAUCUUGGACAUACUACUUAACUUUCCUAUGGAUUGGUUUCUUCAGCUAUGAGUUAGCAAUGGUAUUGAUUCUGUAAGGCUGCUGAGGAUUAAAUGAGACAUUAUUUUGCAUAUAGCAAGUGCUUAAUAAAACUCAGUUUUGAUAAUUAUCAACUCUUCAGUGCAGUAAAUAGUGACAUUAAAAGUGACCAUCCUUUGAUCUCAGUCUCUUUGGGACAAGCUCAGAGCUGGAGCUCUCCCUGUUAUUUCUUAUACAUUAUCUAGUUUCUAUCUUGUGAAUAUUUUCCAGUGGUGUUUGUACGUUGAUGUGGUGUUUGUACGUUGAUGUUCUGUUUCCAUUCUUAGCUCAUAUAUGAAUUGCUCCCCUACUUUGGUUGUUAUCAUUUCACUGAGUCUUCAGGAAGAAGAGGGAAGUGUGCGCUCCAUUCACAUCUUGGAACUGAAGGCUUCUGAAAUUCUAAGAAACAUGAUGGCUCUCCUGGAAUGACCUAAGUAGUUAUGUACUACUUAAUAAAUUGUCUCAUCAGAUCACUACUAACUAUUUACCAGUGACGAAACAUGGACUGUGUUAGAUAUUGUCAUCGAAUCAACCUUAAAUCUAAAAGGCUUCUGAUGGUUUCUCUUUCAAGCUUUCCUUUCAUCAGUUAUUCCUAAGAGUAUUACGAGACUGCCAGACACUGCUAAAAAACGUACUGUAGUUUCCAAAUUAAGAAAAAUGUAGACAUUUGGGAUAAUCUCCAGAACUUCUUUAUAACAAUGAACUCACAGCUGCACAAAACAAUAACUGAAUUAUUUGCUUAAUUAUUAAUGUUUCUUUGCUGUCUAUUUCAAAAUAUCCAUGUGUUUGCCUAAUAUUUAUAAGCAAUAUUUCCUUUCACUCCUAAAAUAUGUGGAAUAAAAUUGAUGAUCAGAAAUAUGCCAAAAAAUUAAUAUUUAUAGCUGUUUCUCGCUAUGAAUUUAACAUUUCUUAAUACUCCACAACCCAAUAAAAAUAAAAAGGCGCAGUGCAGUGGGGCGGCUAUACUUCACAGUAACUUAUUAUGUGUUUUAUAACUUGUAAAAGAGGAGCGUGAAGGCUGCAGACAUAAAGUAAUGGUGAGGAAAUGGAAUACUGACUACCCUGAUUUGAUGCGUUGAGUUCAUGUACUGAAAUAUCACACUGUACCUUAUAAGUAUGUACAAUUAUUAUGUGUUAAUAAAAAAUUUUUAAGUUUAAAUAGGUGGAAAUGUUAAUUACUCUGAUUUGAUCAUUACACAUUGAAUAAUGUGUUCUGUAUUGAAUAAUCACACUGUAUUCUAUAAAGACUAAAACUAACACAACAAGCUUUAAAAUAUAAAUAAAUGUCAGAAAGUGGUAUAAUGCAACAACUACUAUCUGUGAUUGCUAUUAGUCACGAUUUUUAUCUGUGUAAAACCUUCGUUAUUAAUUUGUGACCUUAUAAGUAGAUUUCACCAAUUUUUAUUAAACUUGUACUGGUCG